UUACAUCGCUCCAAAACCAAACAAAAUCUCGCAAGGUGCCGCGCAGCUCGACAUCAAAAUGGUAGAAAUAACGUUUGAACAUUUAGAGACAAUGUUCGAUUUGGUGUGUCGCUUUUGCCUUUCGGACGCUGACUGCUGUCCGCUGUUUUUGCCCGAUGGCAACAUUAACCAGCGAUUGCAAAAAGCGUUCGAAAUCAUCGCAUCGAAAGUGGACGAGAACGACGGACUGCCGAACAACAUAUGCGGCGUGUGCUUGCGGAAUAUAGAGCGCUUUGUCGAUUUCGAAACAGAUUGCAGCAAAUCAUACCAAAUUCUGAUGCAAUUUAUUGAAGAAUACUCGGCAGUUGUACACGACAGCAAAACGCACCGCUUGGAUUGCGAACCGGACCACCAGCAGGUGAAAAGUGAACACGAAGACGAAUUGUCGAUCGAAGGUCUUGAUUCUUCUGUUUCCAUCUUUAAUGAGGAAGAAGAAAGCCCAGCAACAGUCCCGGACGUUGAUCAAGUUACUCUGGAGAUUGAUCCGGUGCGCGAGGACCAAAGCACCGUCACACUGGAAGCUGAUCCAAUCGAAGAAUCACAAAUUGAGCACGAAAACUCCAUCAGCUGUGAUGGAAACGACCAUAACGAUGCAACAGAAGAUGAAAAGCUUCCCGAAGAUUCAGCAGGGCAGUCAAUUACAGGCGAUGCGUACGUUAAAGCAUGCAAUACCGCAGUGUUGGAAUAUUUCUAUCGCAAGAACCGCAAAAUACCGAUCGUGAAGUGCAUGCUUUGCCACAAAACUUACCGCGGGCGUAAUACACUCCGAAAGCAUUUGAAGAUACAUUUUCAGAUCAAAAACUACUCGUGCCCGUUUUGCGAGCGAACCUUCUCCGACCGAACCUCGCUGCGCGUGCAUGAAACGCGUCACUCAAACACCAAAUCGUUUAAAUGUGAAACCUGCGAUCGGUCCUACUACAGCCAGAUCGAACUGAAUCAGCACAGGCUGGCGAAACACGGCACACGGAAUCAUGUUUGCACGGUUUGCAACAAACGCUUUCCAACGAAAGCCAUGCUGCAUGAUCACGCACUCGUGCACGAAUCGGAACGGCCCUUCGUUUGCGCCACGUGCGGUAAAUGCUUUAAGCGCAAUCGUAAUCUGAUGCGUCACUGCCAGAACCACGAGAGAGCUAAGCUCGUGGAGCAAAGUAAGCCAGCCGACGACCAGACCGAUAACAUUGCCAAAGUUUGCAAGUACUGCGAGCUGGAGUGUGAAAAACCAUCCAAACUACUGGAACAUUUAACGCAAAGGCACCCGCAAGAGUACGAGCAAUGUCGGGAUGGUGCUCGGUGCUGUUCAAUUUGCGGUGCCGUAUGUAAGGACAUGGAGCAUUACCUGUUGCAUCAGGACACACACGCUUUGCUGGUGACCACGGCAGGAGGCUACCAGUGCGUGGAGUGUGGCAAACAGCUGCGUUAUCGGUCGUUGGCAGAAAAGCACCUUCAAUCGCACAGUACGGAGCGCGGUUUUCAAUGUAGCGUGACGGAAUGUUCUAAAAAGUACAAGUUCAAGGUGCAUUUAAUACGCCACAUGCGCUUGACACACCCGGAACAGCAGCCACAGACGUGCCAGCAGCAGGAGUAGCUAAUCAGCUUCUGAAUUGUUCAAUAAAACAGUUAAAAUGUUAAA